UUAGGUUUUUGAAGCCUACAAUAUAACAUCGCAGAGCUUCUCACCAUCUCCAUCCCCUUUACUGGUCUCGCAUCGCCUCUUUUUCUAUCUCUGUGUUUGGAUUGUACCUGGUAGUUAGUUAGAUUCAAAAAGAGAAAAUGUCUGGUGAAGAGCCUGUUGCUGCGGAGACUCCAGCUCCUGCUCCCGCCCUUGGUGAGCCCAUGGAUAUCAUGACGGCAUUGCAACUUGUCCUCAGGAAAUCACGGGCUCAUGGUGGUUUAGCUAAAGGUCUUCAUGAGGGUGCUAAGGUUAUUGAGAAGCAUGCUGCCCAACUUUGUGUGUUGGCAGAGGACUGCGACCAGCCAGACUAUGUGAAAUUGGUCAAAGCUCUAUGUGGUGAUCACAAUGUUAGCCUGAUCACUGUUCCUAAUGCCAAGACACUCGGUGAAUGGGCUGGUCUAUGCAAGAUUGAUUCUGAAGGCAAAGCAAGGAAGGUUGUCGGAUGCGGUUGUGUUGUAGUAAAGGAUUUUGGAGAGGAAACAGAAGGGCUCCACAUUGUUCAGGAAUAUGUGAAGUCUCACUGAGCGACAUGCGUUGAAUUGGAGAGAGGUUUAGCUUGUUUUUGGUUGUGACAUGAAAAUUUUUGAUGGUUAAAUUGCAAUUUGUAGUCAUUUAUGAUUCUGGUUAUGCAUGCCUUGUUGAACUUUAUAGGUCUUUUGGAUCCCUAUGAAUGAACCAAUUUGAUUAUAGUUUUUCCUCGUAAUUGUGCUAGAAUGAUAUGACAUGCAGUUUACUUGUA